AUGAAUUCGUUAGAAAGACUUAAUACAAAAACAUCUCGAGCACCUACUAUUAACUUCGAAGAUAUACCAUACGUUGAAGUCCAGAUGCCAAAGACUCCAAGAACAUACAGACCUCGAAAUUAUUUCAAAUUUGGAACUUCAGCACCUCAAUACACUAUCAAACUACGCCGACCCAUAAGCGAUAGAACAGCAACAUCAGAUAUUGACAUACCUGAUAUUCGAAAAAUUGGUGGGAAAAAACAAAAAAUUUCUGAUACUGAUCGAGGUCUUUUCUAUAUACCAACAGAAGGACCAGAUGUAAUUUACACACCUCGCGUUGCUCAUACAGCUAAAGGUGGGCGAAUUUCACUUCGUAUUCCUGAAAAACCAAAUGAAAAUCCUGGACCAGGAGCAUAUUCACCCAAAUAUGAUCAGCCGAAAUAUUUAACUACUCUGUCUCGCAGCCAAUCAAAUGAACUUUGGCGUGCUAAUGACACUCCUGGACCCGGAUCUUAUAAUAUCGCACCACCUAUAAGGAAAUUUAAGCAUUGGUACCGCCGAUGCACAGCUCCUCCUGUAGAAAAUAUCAUAUAUUAA